AGAGAGAGCUGUGUUGUCUAAGGGCGAUCUUCGAGGAGCAUUUUUCAUCGAAAACAACGGAUCCAGUCCACACACAAGACAAUACAGAGGGUGAUUCCUCCCAACAAGCGAAACAUGGUGGGGUCAUCGCCGGCUAAAGGAUCGACGAAACGAGCCUUGAGCACCACUGCUGCUGUCGGGUCAGCAGAGAAGGACAAGAAGCACAAGCGGACCGGCAACACUCUCAGCAGCCCCCUGCACCGAGGGAUCGAUGGCCCCCCCCGGCCGGGGGAGGUGAAGCUUCUCAUCUCCAACCUGCACUACGAGGUCGGCCUUGAUCUGCUUGCCUCCGAGUUCAGCACGUGUGGCGCGGUGAUGCGGUGCCGCAUCAUCAACGGCCCCGACGGCCGGUCUCGAGGAGUCGCUUUCGUGUCCUUCGGGGAGAAGUCUUCUGCUGAUCGCGCUAUCAGCAAGUACCAUGACAGGCUAUUCCGGGGCCGCAAGCUGCAGGUGACCAUCUCCUCGAAGAACGAUGAGCGCCGAGAGCUGGCCAUGUCGACCGUACAUCCCAAGAACGGAGGAGGCAUGAUGGGCGGUCCCAUGGGUCCCAUGGGGAUGGGCGGUCGCGGUCCUUUCGGCGGCAACUUCGGCCCCGGCGGCCGCGGCGGCGGCGGCCCCAUGGGUGGGCCUAUCGCGGGCCGCGGGCCCAUGGGUGGCAUGAUCGGUGGCCGCGGCGGACCGAUGGGAGGUCCGCUGCUUCCCGGCCCCGGCAUGGUCGGAGGGAGGGGAGGAAGAGGUGGAAGGCUGGGCAUGGUCGGCGGUGGUCGAGGAGGACGCGGCAUGGCCGGCGGACCAAUGAACGGCCCUAUGGGACCGAAUGGCCCGGGUCCUAUAGGGCCGGGUGGGCCAAUGGGGCCGAUGGGUCCGAUGGGAGGGCCAAUGGGGCCUGGAGGACCUAUGGGACCUGACGGCAUGGGGCCAGGCGGUAUUGGGCCCAUGGGUCCCGGUGGUAUUGGACCCAUGGGUGAAGGCGGCAUUGUCCCCGGCGUGUUGGGUGCCGGGAGGGGUUCUUUGGGGCCUGGAAGGGGUUCGCUUGGCCCAGGGAGGGGAGGCGCGGGCCGGGGGCCAGGCGGAAGGGGCGGCGGGAGGAUGGGCAUGGCCGUCGGUGGCGGUGGCGGCCGGGGAGGGCGCGGACCCCCCGGGGGAGACCCGAUGAUGCCCGGAGGCGGCCGUGGGGGCUCCGGGGGUAUGAUGGGAGGGGGCCCCGGGCGCGGACCGGGCGGCGGGCCUCCCCACAUGGGCGGUGGCGGCGGCGGCGGCGGCGGCGGCCCCGGUCUCGGCAGUCUUGCUGCCGGCAGGGGCGGCGGUAUGGGUCCCGCUGGCGGAGGCCCCGGCGGGAUGGGCGGCAGAGGCGGCGGCCGUGAUGGCCCCGGCGGUAUGGGCCUGAUGGGUCCCCGCGGGGGCGGCGGGCUUAUGGACGGCGGGAUGGAUGGUCCGGCCGGUGGCGGCGGUGGGCGCGGCGGAGGUGGGCGCGGCGGCGGCGGCAUGGGCGGGAGAGGCGCGGGUGGCUGGGACGAAUAUGGACACGGAGGCGAUCCUUACAUGGAAAACCCCGAGCGUCCCGGCGGAGGGGUCGGCCGCGGGCGUGGCAUGAUGGGCCAGGGUGGCAUGGACCACCACGUCGAUGGGCGUGGGAUGGCCCCCGGAGGUGUAAGGUACGGCGGCGGCGGCGGCGGCCGCGUGGACGGCAUGAAUGGACGCGGGGGUGGCGCUGGUGACAUGAGCGGCAGGGGAGACGGCGGCUACGCGGACCGUGGGGCUUGGGGAGGAGAGGGCCAAGGCUCGGGCGGAGGCGAGCGGCGCGGGCCUCCUGGCCCGUCCGAGUACAACACGCCUUCCAUCCCGGCUGAUGGUUCCGGUGGUAACUAUGGUGGUGAUGCCUACGGUGGGGGCGGGGGCGGGGGGUACGACGAUUACCCCGCGGAGAGGGCGGACGGGGCCGGAGGUUACCGCGACAGUUAUAACAACGGUGCCGCCGAUAGCCGAGGGGGAUACGCUCAGAACCGCGCCGCGAGCGGUGGCGGAGGGGGAGGAGAGUACAAUGACGGGGGGGUUCAAGGUGGUGGGUACGGUGGAGCAGGGGCGGGGGGCGACCACAGCGGAUACGCGGCCAACGGUGCCGGUAGGGACGCCGCGUACGGCGCUGAGUAUGACGGUGCCGCCCGGGGUGGUAAGACCGGGGGUUACGAUGAUGGUUACGGCGGAGCCGCCGCUGACGGUGGGGACGGUUACCGCAACUCGGGGGGGACUUACAGGGGUGGCAGACACAGCGGCGGCGGCGGUGCUUCCUCAGGGAACAAUGACCAGUACGCAGGGGGGGCGGACCAGGGCAGGUCGGGUGGUCAGGCCGCAUCCGGCUACGGUGACAGCAGAACCGGCGACAAUGGAGGAUACCCCGCUGCCGGUGGGAGCGGCUACCAGGGGGAGACAGAGGGCAGCAGGGGUGGCGCCGGCGGCGGCUACGGUCAGCAGGGAGACGGGGGAAUCUACAGGGCGGAGGGCACCGCAUCUUCCGGGUAUGACCAGGGCUACAGCGGCAACACCAACAACGGCCGCACCGGACAACAGGGAGGAGGUCCGAGCCAGGCUGCCGACAGUGGCUACGGCACCGCCGCCGGCGCUUCGGGCAGCGGGUACGAUGCAGGACCGGUGGACAGUCGCUACGACAACGGCCGCAACGGCGCGAGUGGUGGCGACGGUUACGCCGCCACCGGCGGCGACGCCUACCAGACCGGCGGCACGUACGCGCAGGACGCUUCGUCCAGGACUCCCCAAGGCUCUCUCUACGGCUCGCAGCAGCAGCAGCAGCGGCAGGGCUACGACGCGCACGGCAAGACCGGCGCUGGCGGUAGGCCUCAAAGCGGCGACGCCGGGACGAAGGGAGGCAGCGGGUACGCCGACAACAACGGCGGCGGGGACUACAACAGCUCGGCGGCCGCCGGCGGAGGGGGUCAGUACCGCGGUGGCUACGCGGACCAGCAGUCUUCCGGCGGCGCCGGUCAGCAGUCGUCGGGGUACGGCGGCGGCCAGGCUGACGGCGCGUACGACGCUCCCACCGCCGGCGGUGCCGCGGGAGGCUCUAGCGGCUAUGCCGCCCAAGGCAGCUACGCCCAAGCCGGCGCCGAGGGUGACGCCGAGUUCUGGGCGCGCGGCGGCGGGGCGGGAGGAUCAGGCGGCGGUUACACCGACGGUGGUGCUCAUGCCGCCUCCACCGGGCAGUACGCUGCUCCCGAAACACCGGGAAGGGGAGGGGGCGGCGGGCAAGGGUCGUACGCUUGGUAAAAGGGUAAGGGUGAGGAGUGGCGAGCGGGGGAGGCUUUUUGUCAACGUUGCUGGGCAGGAAGAAGUCUUUCAGGGUUGCGUCGGCAGUGAGCCGGAGAUAUGGCAUGUAGGUCGUUUCGGCUGCGUUCGGCACGGCUUUGAAGUGGGUCAACGAGAGCUGAUGAAUGACGCCAAGUCCUUUGGCGAGUUUUCUGUUGUCUUUUCCAGGGGAGAGACGGCCCACUGAGGCACGAGCGCGCUCAACAGCAGUGACUCGUUCGUUGGCUGGUUCGUUCACGGCAGUAGUUUGGUCAAGGGAUAGUUUGGUGCAGUGCAGCGUCAAGGUCUCCUUUCGCGCGUGAGGCGUGGGGGGGGGUAGCGCUGUUGCUGUACAGGGGAACACGUUGGACAGCAAUACUAUCCCAGGUCAACCCAAUUUCGCCUGGCGCCGCCUGCUCGCGGGUGCAGAUUCAUUUGUUUUUUGUUUUGUCACAAGGACUAACCUACAUAGCAUCGUCGCUCAAUAAGGCUGGUUUGGCGAUGCGUCAGAGCACUCUGAUUUUUGGCCAAUCUCAAAAUAUUUGAUGAGACGCUAGCGUUGAACCGAAGACCCUUUUUUUGCACAACUGUGGCCGGCAGCGGGAGAUGGUAGCAACGGUGAGCAGGGUAGAGCGCUCGGGUGAGUUUGUGGCCGCCUUCUAAGUUGGUCCUGAGAUAAACGUCGUUGCAAGUCUUGGCAUUUUUUUUCGGUUUGUCCCACUCUGUUCAGCGAAUCUUUACGUUCUUGAGUCAAGGAGUUUUGGCCGCUCUUUCUGUGACGUGGUAAGAGGUAUGGAGGCGGGAGGGCGGGAGGGCGGGAGGGGAGGCGGGGGCAGUACCAUGCUUAUGCGCCCCUUGCGGUGAGCGCCCAUCGUUGGGCAAGUUGUUUUGCAUGAUGUACUGUAGCCGUUUGGGCUCCGGUACAAACGCAGCAUGAACUUCGCGCCGUAUUGCGACGGCUUGCAUCUUCUCUUGCGCGAGCAUCGCUGUGUAAGCCGUCGAACGGGGGUGCCGGACAGUUAGAUUCUGGAAUAGUUUUUUUCGCCUGUCAAGACGCUGUAUGGGGGAGCGGCGGCGGUAUGUGUCUUGUGGAGCCGUGUGAGCCAUUCUGGUAUCAGUCGCUAGUUUUUCUCACCUUUCUGCUCCGUUCUAUUGCAGCAAGGAUUGCGUAGUCAUGUGGUCAGGAAGGCAAGAUAGGGUACUCGGUUGGGCAACGAAGUGACGAGGAGGGUUGUCGGUUCGGUGGUUGCAUGAUAUUUUAUACAUUUUUUUUGUAUGAUAACACGGGUGCAUUUUCGAAGUCCACCAACAACAAUAGCCUCAUGUUCGUGCUUUGUGCGAGUGGAGUUACGUUUGGUUGACCAAUCUCUUGUGGUUGUCGCCAGAACGGAUCGAAGUACUUCGAUCCGUUCUGGCGAGCAGUGUUUGCGAUGCGGCCCGCAAGUGUUUUUUAUUAACCGCUGGAAAUACUCUUGGAUGCAUUCUAGUGACGGGUGCGAGACGGGUGCGAGACGGGUACGAAGGCAAGACGAUGCGGGCGGUGUGGAAGGUGUGAGCAGUCGCAGGCGAUCUGGACGAGGCGGGGGUUCGUGUUGAGGAUGGAGGGGUUGGAAUUGCGGGUAGUCGUGCUGGUAAAUAUCUCGACGGGCUUUGAGACACACCGGAGGGGCCAUGCCGGCUUUCCUGGGGCGAUCUGUUGUCAGUGUUAUAUUGCGCAGGGAUGCGAUAUAUGCUACUUGUCUCAGGAAUUGCGUACGCUUGUCGGAGGGAGUGUGUGGCAAGGGGAUUGAGGAUUUCGUCGAGAGAUUUUGACGUUGCAUUAUGAUGCCGUCAGAGGGUGGGGGGUUAUAUGAUACCACGAAAGUAGGAGUGCGGGUCAAACGAGCGCAUGUAAGUGGGUUUGGCGUAUGUUGGCGGUUUGUUUACUCACCAUCUGGUCGUUUUGCAUGCUGGAGUUGUUAGUCCUUUGGUACGAUUCGAGCCAAAUCAUUCGCAGUCCAACUGUUCGUGUUGCAGGUAGUUAUGCCACGCAUCCAGUGGAAAUCAACGACUUCAUGCCCCACACGUCAAGGGCUUGCAGUACACAAGAACUGAUUGCUCCUGGCGGCCUUGAGUGUACCAUGCCGUGUAUCCUUUUACCCUUUUCGUGUAUUCACCUCGGUGGGUAGUUUUCUUUCAUGGCGCGUGGGGGAAGAAUCGUUCGCAGAGAAGACCGAAGUGAAGCGGGAAGACAAGCAAGCAAGUGGAUGCACGGUGCAAUGGGAUGCUUAUGCAUGAAAUAGAUUAUCGUUUCGGAGCGGGGAGCCGACAGUUUGUUGCACACACGAGUCCCACAUUCUUUGUAAGAACAAGACACCGGUUGCAGAUGCAAGUCUAAGAACAAGUCACCGGUUGGUUGGUUCAUAACUAGGUUGACGCGUGUGUCGCGGUGGAGAUACCCGUCACAAGUCGUCUCUAUGACGCCGUGCUUACUCGCUAAAGUCAGCUUCAACGACGACCCGUGGGAUUUUCAGAUUCCAAGGACUGUCUCGACGUUGUGUUUUAUUGCUCAACCGCCCUAUUCGAUAAUCAUGCGUUGCGAGAGUGCGAGGUACGUGCAUCAAUUUUUGUCGUUUGUCGGUGAUCUUUUCCCCGAUGGGCAAAACAUUUGUGCUCGCUGAGGAAGUAUUGAUAUACAUCCACAUCUACAAUCGGCGUUUUCAUGUGUUUUACUGUCCUUGUGGUGCCGCUGAUUUUGUUUGAUUUUCGCAUGGAUGUUGUGACUUCCCUUGUUGGGAGGGAGCGUUUUAAACCUUGCAUGAUUUUUUUUUUUUGUUGCUCGUGUGGAAACAAGUACGUCUGUAGGUCAGUGUUACUCGCCAGGUCUUGCCAUUAUAUUUUUCGCUGGACCUGGCUGGCCGGUCGCCGACUCUGCAGGUGGAUAGACAUCAGUCCCAGACGCCCGUGUGUAUAUUUUGUUCUUGCUGAUGGCGAUUUUUUUCUUGGUGGUUGAGCUGCCCCGGCGAUGUUCGCCUAGCAAUGUUUCGGUUGUCGCCGCGGCGUCUUGCCCGCAAAAUACAGCUUCAGCGCUUUCUCGAUGCAGCACCGCAGUUCUCGUGACACCGUUGACUACGACUUCGUCAUACUUCGGCAGGUGGCCUUCGCUUAUUGUUCUAGGUGCUUGUGUAUGAUCUUUCCUAUUAUACCCACGCAGCACCGAGUUGCUUGAUCAAAUAAAACGCCAGGGCGAUCGCGAGUCGACCUUGUCAGGCUUUUGACCAAACUUGGUAAGUCCACCUGAACAACAAACCCUCUCAAGUACUCCAAGCCAUUCCAGUGCGGAUUAAGGUUAUAGAGUUGCGGUAGGUGACAAGCGGUGUGAAACAAAUAGGGUACAGGCAUAGGCGUCCGUCGAGAAGUCAGUCAGGAACCGUCUGCGGUUGUAGUUCGUGGAGUUGAUGCUGCUCAGUGUAAAUCACGUCUUGUGGAUUCAGCGUGGGUUCCUCAAGGAGGGGUUCGGCGCUAUCGAGAUGAUCCUCAAAUUGAAAAUUUUAUUUUACUUGAAUUCUGCACAGGUGAGAAAUGCAGCCUUUUCGUAUGGGGGACGGGUUUUCAUCAUACUAUUUGAAGCGAUCUAAUCAAUUGUGGCAUGGUUCAAGUUGAAGUGGUUCACCAUGCGGCGUAGUUUCAACCAGGAAGAAGUAAGCGCGUAGAAGCGGUGAACGCUGGGUGCUGUCGACUACACCCUUCGCCUGGAUCUGUGUCGUCUUGAGAAGUAACGUGGAUCACAUCUCGGGCACUGAAAAUGCAAUGCCUUGCCUGACGAUAUCAUAUUUUUACUCAUGGCAGCUGUUGGAAGGAAAUCUCUUCUCAUAGUGCUCAGUGAUCGGGGUUUCGCGUGCCAACGAGUCUCGUGAGACCUAUGCAUCCUCAGUUCACGAAUCAUCCGCGGAAGCUGACUAGUGUGCCCUCGUAAUCAAUCGUUGGCGCUGAACGGCUGUUGUUGCUCUGCCGCAUGCAUCCGCCGCAUUAGGCUUGGCCGAAGAGGUUUGGGUGUGUAAGUAGAGACGGUUGUUUUCGGUUUAGAGUAUGUCCUUGAAACAUAGGUAGGUAGCGAAGCGUUGUUUACAAGUCAGUACCUCAGAUUUCGUGUUGUUGGAGCUGUCACGACUGCUGCAGGCCGUUUCACGACGUUGCCCUGGUUGCCCCCAGCUAGUGUCGCGGAAUGAUCAGACACCGACAGGUCGAGACUGCUGUUCAAAGUAUUUAAUUUAUUUCAGCUCCUUGCUUGAUGGCGGGUAACCAUGUACCAUACGUGAUUUGGUCGAGAACGCGUGGUGGCGAGCGAUAGAAGCACCCCGUAGGAGCUCCGAAUAGCUUUCGUGUCUCCAACAAGUGUGUGUGUAUGGUCGCGGAUGCCUAUCCAUACAUGUCCUCCAUAGUAUACAAGGAACCCACCCCUCACCAACGAACGGCAGGAGGAGAGAACGGUAUCUGCUUUUGUGCUGGGUUUGUAUGUGUGAUACGUGCGUGAUGAUGCAUCGCCAGCAUAUGACCACCUACGGAAGGAGGAAGGUGGAACUAGAAAAUAGAGGGAACGCAGAGAAAAAGCCGUUGUACCUGCUGCUGUUUUGAUUUGUGUGGUCUCCGGUGGUUCUCUUGCUGCGAAAACGGCUGUUGUUUGUUCAGCGGGGCUUGUUUGAAGUUCCUUUAUCGUUCGAUGUUGUUCAAGCAUUUUGAGGUUCGACGUAUGCUACUACUGCUGUCGUCGGCAGAAUGCCGCUCUGGGGUUCGAGGCCAAGGUAGGUUCUUUCAUGCUGGCUGACGCUAUUUUGCAAAGCAAAAUGCGAACGAAGGGCCUUCCUCGUGUAGGAUUGUAAGACCAAAUGAUAUAACUGAUGGACUGAUGAGACUAUUGAAAGCAAUAAUACUCGAAAACCUU